GGCGCCCACAACAACAACAACAACCACAACGACGAUGGACAACACGAACCGCAGCAGCAACGGGCUUGGUGGGUUGGCGCAAGGAUGGCGGCACCCGCGGGUGGUGUUCUUCCACAUGCUGUUCAAGCUGGGAGCGUUGCUGACGUACAUCUUCUGCACGGUGUUCAGCUCCUCCUUCAUCAUCAACUUCAUCGUCAUCACCGUGCUCAUCGCCUGCGACUUCUGGAUGGUCAAGAACGUCUCUGGCCGCUUCCUCGUCGGCCUGCGCUGGUGGAAUCAGAUUGAUGACGAAGGAAACAGCAAGUGGCGCUUCGAGUCACGCAAGGGAGGAGAUCCGCCUGAUGCGUCAGAGUCGCGCUUGUUCUGGUGGUCGCUCUACAUCUUCACCUUCAUCUGGGGUGUCCUCGGCUUCUUUGCCUUGAUACGGCUGCGCCUCUCAUACCUGCUGGUGGUUGUGAUUGCGAUACUGCUCAACUCGUCGAACGUGGUCGGCUACCGCAAGUGCCAGCGCAACGCCACCAACCAGCGGCAGGACGUCGCCAGCGCAUACAUCAGCUCCCACAUCACCCAGUCCCUCACCCAGGCCGUCACGUCGCAGCUGUUCAGGGGACAGGCUGCUUCCAACAACAACAACAACAACAACAACAACAACAACGCACGGCCCUCCGCAUGACGACGGCAGCUGGAGAGACGAUGAUACGGGCAUGUAGGAGAGCUGUAGCACUUGUUUUCGUGCGUGCUGUUGUUUGCGAC